AUGCGGUACGCCCGACUCCUGGGUGCCAUCUUACUCUACUCCAGAAGAGCCGUCGCACGUGUCAUUCAAGGUCGAAACUUCCAACCAGAUCCGCAAUUGGGCGAAUGGACCCAUCCGGUCGCCGCACGGGGCCGGUCAGGGCCCCACUUUAACGGUACCGUCAACGCGACGUCGUCGGCCGGCACUGGGACGGCGGGCGCACCCAGUAGCAGCGCCUUCAGCCUGCCGUAUAAUAUCACGUCCAUCCACGCACCAGGGUGUCCUCAGAGCGUCACAACAUCUACUACAACAGUCGACGUCACAUUUUACAUUACGGCAACAACUUCGUACGGUGGUAACUUGACGUCUUUCAGGAGCACCAGCACGGGAACUCCUCCAUCCUCGUUGUCAUCGCAGAUCUUUGCAAACUCCACAAGCUCGAGGCCUGCUUGGAAUGAAUCUUCGAGCUCAUUUCGUCUCUCUACCGGAUAUACGCUGCCUGUCAACUCGUCGCACGCCUCGACGACAAUCUCGUUCACAACGGUUUCUGAGACGCCUUGCCCUGACAAUACAACCAGUCUCCCGUAUCACUACUCAAGCUCGUUUUUGGGAACCGGGGGUUCGACCAGCACAGUCACCUCCGUGGCCGUUUGGUACAACACUACCUCCGCUGUUCCUUCACAGACGACUGAGCCCUGUAGUGAUGACCCAAGCACAACGACCCAUUUGAACCCGACUUCGGCCGCUUUCAAUACGCAGCUGAACUCAACUGCGCCGUGGCCCACGAGAGCAUCGACGAGCACAGCUCAGGAGACGCCGUGCGACAAUGAGACCAGCGGUUCAAACGUUACUGCCACUCAUACCACCGCCACAUCCAGUGAUUCGCACGUCAACUCGACCACCACGUCCAUGGUAACUCCUGUCCUCAGUAAAACCAGCAGUAUCGCAUACUCUACAUACAAUACGACGACAAUGAAGUCUGUUUAUUCAUCAUCCUUCCCAGUCCCGACAGAAAGCUGCGUCAUCGAUACUUCCAUGGUCCCCGUCACCAUCGCGCCACUUACCUCGGUCCCAACCUCGACCAUCAUUCCCACAAAGACCGUUUGCCAGGAAGACGCGCCGACCGGUAAACCGAAGCCCGGUAAUAAUCAUUGCGGCGUUCACGGAUUACCUGUGGGCAACUACUUCCUAGCGCGAUUCGUAGAGAAUGCGCCCGGUGUACCCGUAACCUUGGAGGGCUGCUACCAAUUCUGUGCUAGUGUCAUGGACGCCACUAAUGGCUGCAAAGCCUACCGCUUCUAUCCCGAGAGGGGCCUCAACGUCCAGCGAUGCGACCUCUAUGGUAGCAGCGUCGCCUACGCCUUGGAUUCUAUCGAUAACGAUCACCCCGACAUAUGGUUUGACCUCAAUUGCGGCUCUCCAUCCGACGAGAGGUGGGCGCACCUCCCCGGGAUGACUCGUCUCCGGGAGCUGGGGCUGUUGGGGUAG